AUGACUUCCGUUUAUCAGAAGUCAGACAGCGAUCCUCCGCAGAACCCCUCUCAGGUGCAUGAGAAAGGCCAGGGGGGCGACCAUAGCUUGCAGGAGGAGACGCUUCAGCAGAUGAAGGUCUUAAUAAAGGAAAACAUGGACAUGAAGGAUUCCUUGAAACAGAACAGCUCCUCAAUGAAGGAACGUUUAGAGGAGCUGCUGGCCUGGAAGGAGAGGCAGGUGCUAGAAAAGGAACUUCUAGAGGGGAAGCUGAUGGAGGCCAUGCGGCAUUUGGAGGCCCUCACCAAAAUUAACAAGGAGCAGCAGGAGGCUGCAGUGGCAGAGGACUCAGAGGUGGAGAAUCUGAAGGUCCUGAUGGCCAAGCUUAAGGCAGAGAAGACCGACUUGGUGGCCAUGAAUUCUGAACUUCAGCUGAAGCUGAGCCAGAGGUUCCCCGAAGAUUUUGUGGCAGUCCAGUUUGCGGAAUGUACAGAGAUAAACAGGGCACACGAUUUACUGAUCAGCCAGAAAGAUUCAACAUUUUGCACCGUGAAACAUGAAGAGAGGACGGUGAGCCGACUGCUGCAGUCCCUGAGAAUGGAGACAGAGAAGGUAGAAAAGCUGCAUCAUGAGCUCCAGGCUGUGAGGAACAGAAUGCUAGAACUGGAGUCAUGGACACAUUUGAAGGGCAAAAAUGAGACCCAGAACUCUGGGUGCAUGGAGGACAAUGACCACUGCUGUAGGUCCAAUACCAGCACUAACAUGGAUGGACAAAUCCAGUAUGGACCCUCUGUGACAGGAGAUGGGUCUUAUACAGAGGUGGAGAGCCUUAAGGUCCAGACACAGACACUUGUCAAGGAUCUGCAUGGUCUGCAGUCCAAGCUAGAAGAUUCAGAAGACAUGAAGAAGAGCCUGCAUGACAAAUGCAGGGACAUAGAAGGAGAGAGGAACCAGCUGAGAGCACAGCUGGUGGACAAACAGCAGCGGUACGAGAAGACAGUGUCACAGGUGAAGGAGAUGCAGCAAGAGAACAAGAAACUUAAUGAACAUAUGGAGGAGAAAAAGCAGGAAAACAAUAAGCUCAGAGCACAGCUGGCAGAGAAGCGGCAGGGAAACGAGAAGAUGGAGUCACAGAUAGAGUCAAAGCAGUGGCAGUGUGAGAAGAUGGAGUUACAGCUGGAGAAGAAGCAGCAGGAGAACAAUAAGCUCAAAGUGCAGCUAGAGAAGACACAGCUGGAGAAUAAGAAGAUGGAGUCACAGCUGGAGGAGAAGCAGCUGGAGAACAAGAAGCUAAAAGUGCAGCUGGAAGAGAAGUGGAUAGAGAAUAAAAAGAUGGAGUCACAGCUAGAGGAGAAUAAGAAGAUGGAGUCGCAGCUGGAGGAGAAGCAGCAGGAGAACAAGAAGUUAAAAGUGCAGCUGGCAGAGAAGCAGCAGGAGAAAGAGAAGAUGGAGUCACAGCUAGAGGAGAAGCAGCAGGAGAAUGAGAUGCUGAAAAAACAGUUAGACAACAUGAGCUCCUGUAUGAAGACAGAGCAGAAUAACGCUGAGGAGGGGAGAAGGAAUUUCGCUCAGCUGAAGGAUGCUCAUGACCAACUGUAUGAGGAAUAUAUGGGGAUGCAGAAGCAAAUCAGAGAAACUAAGGAAGAGAUGAAUGGCCUUAAUGACAGGCUGGGAGCCGCGGAAGAAGCCCUGGUAACCAAACAACAGAAGAUUGACGAGAUGAAGCAGGAAAUAUUCAAGAAGGAGGCGGAACUGGAGACUAUCUCUUUGUUCAAGGCACAGGCAGAAGUGUACUCAUCAGACUUCUACGCAGAGAGAGAAGCAAGGGAGAAGAUCCAUGAGGAGAAGGAGCGCUUGGCUGAGGAGUUGAACAAUAUAAGGAAGGAGAACAUGCAGCUGCAGGAGCAAAUUGAGUGUCUGGGCAGGCAAACCGUGACAAAGCUACAGCUCCGCCAUGGGUCAGUGCCAUGUGGGGCCGGUCCACCAGGGGGCAAUGUAUCUCCAGCUGUCAACCAUGAUUUGGACAUCACUGAGUUCCCUUGCCCCAAAUGCAACGAGAUCCAGCCAGACAUGGAUAGCUUACAGAUCCACAUCAUGGAGUGCAUAACCUGAACUCCGCAGGAGUCCUCAUCUCAGCAAUUUUUACUUAAAAUUCUUCUAGAAUUCCUCUAAAACAGAUUCAGAAACAUUCAAAAGACUGCAACCUCGAAUCAAAUUUUUCUAAAUAAAUUUUUUAUCUUAGGGUGUUAACACUAGAAAAUACAGAGAGCAGAGUUUGUUGCUGGGUUUUGUCUUUGACUGCCUCACUGCUCUUUUCAGGGAACAGGUUUGAAAUUGCUGGUAAUUUCAAUAUCCCAUAAUAUCCCAUAAUGCAAGAUAAAAUCCCAUGUCCCAUGGUUAACUAAUGCAGUUUGUCCUGAAUUUCUUCAGCUUGAAAGUGGAAACCUUGCUGGUGUCUGUGACUGUAAGCACUUGCAUUCUGUAUGUUCUACAGGAUAACAGCACUUCAAGUGGUGAAAUAAGUUGGCAUAAGUUUUCAGCAGGGUUUACAGUAGACAGCACCAGUUUGCAGAAUGUCAUGACUUUAUACUGCAAGAAGUAUCACCACAACACUGACGUCUUCUUGCCUAAUUUAUUCGCAAUAUGUCUUCACCAAAUACCAGAUGAUUGUUUGGAAUUGCGUUUGUUUCUGUGCUAUCAAGAAAGCAAGGUUUUAUUAUCGACAGGUUUAUCAUUUUCUUAUUUAAAUUUUAUAUGAUAAGUCGAUAUAUCAUUUAUAUUGCCCAGCCUGGGACACUGGGCAUGAUUUUAGUGUAAUAAAGUGGGAAUGUGGUGGUACAACAAAUGUAAUUCAGUUGAAGUAAUUUUUCAGUAUUCGUGAAUGGCUCAUGUUUAAUAACAUAUUCAGAAGAGAAUUAUGCAUGUGUUUCAUGUAAUAUUGUAGAUCUGAAAUACAUAUGCAUUGUAAUUAAUAAAUUACAUCAAUGUAUUGUCAUCAGUUAAAUAUACAAUAAAUAUAUACAAUAAA